UCCUGGUGUCAGUUCAGAUGCUGUGACCUGUGAUUGGUGGAGGAUGAGGUGGAAGCAGAUCUCAGGUCAGCUUCUCUCGGGGAAAGAGUGGAAACUGAUCCCGAAACCACAAGACAGGAGGCUGCAGAGACGCCUGGAGGAGUGAAAUCUGCCAAAGGUCAAGACAAUACAGGAGACAUUCAGGUAAGUUGUUCAGGUGAAGCGUUCACACGGAGCACCAACCAGGAGACUCUCAGCAGGAGACAAGGACAAUCAUGAUGUCGCCAGACGACCGAGCCCUGGAGGACCUGUUGUACGGCAGUGACCUUGGUGACGAGGCGGACGGGGAGGAGCUGAGCGGAGGCCCGGUGGGGACGGAGGAAAGUACUGCUGCUGACAAUACUCCGACAGCCGUGUCCAUCCAGGAGCCAAUGACGUGUGCCGGCUGCAGCGAGCAGGUGUGCGACCGCUUCUUCCUGUUGGCUGCGGGCAGCGUGUGGCACGGCGUCUGCCUCCGCUGCAGCCAGUGUCAUUGCGAGCUGCAGACACACCCCUCGCUUUACUGGAGGGACGGAAACAUCUACUGCCAACAAGACUACUGCAGGAUGUUUGGAGGCGGUCAGUGCGCUCGCUGCUUCCAGCCAAUCCCAGCCUCCGCUUUGGUCAUGAGGUCUGGCGAGCUGACCUUCCAUCCUCACUGCUUCUCCUGCCAGGAGUGUGAUGUGACGUUAAUACCAGGGAACCUGUACUGCAUGCAGGGCCAGAACCUCUACUGUCAGUCCCAUUACCAUGACGAUGGCGGGAAUGUCCCGCUGUCACACGACCUCCAGCCCAAACCCAAUCUGAAAGAAGCUCAAAAUCAGGUGUCCGGUGAAGGGGAGGAGUCCGUCAGCAGUCCUGAGCCACGAUUGGACGACAGGGUGUCGGGUGGGCGGACCCGCAGGCGGACCAAGCGGAUCAGGACGUGUUUCCGCAGCGAGCAGCUCAGAGCGCUGGAGUCGUACUUCGCCCAGAAGCACAACCCUGACGGUAAAGACUGGAACUGCCUCGCACACAAGACCGGCCUGCCCAAGAGAGUCCUGCAGGUGUGGUUUCAAAACGCUCGGGCCAAACUGAGACGCUCCCUCACCGCAGACGACUCUCAGGUCAACUCGCCCUCCACUCCCCAGAGAGGCGUAACCAUGGCGACCGGCUCUCCUCCGCCGCCAUCCUGCUCCCCGCCCGACCAAUCACAGCCCUUCUCCUCCACCAGCACCAUCGACCAGCUGCAGCUCUCCCUGCUCACCGCCCCGCUCAGCGAGCCGCCGGGGAGUCCGGCCGUCAGCCACUCGCAUCAGCUGCAAAACCCCGCCUUCUUCCUGGACUACGACUCCCAGAGUGCACCUGGAUGCGUCUCCUCUCUGGAGGCCUACGAGGACUUUGGGGAGGCAGGAGGAGGAGGAGGAGGAGCAGAGGGAGAAGCUGAUCCGGAUGAUUCUUUUAGACCACAUUACUGCUAGUCCAGGGUCCCUAAACGACCUCCACACUAUGAGUAACUCCCAGAAACAGAUUUUCAAAAUAAGAGAGUAGUGAAAGUUAUAAUUCUUGAGAUUUUAGUUAAACGCUUUUAAUGUGAAACAACAGGAAAACAGAAAGACAUGUUUUUUGUCACUUAAUCCAGCUCUGAUAACAGAGAUAUAUCAAUCAAUCAAAUUACAAACAGUAACGUUGGAUUAUUUGCUGCAUCGUUUCCUGUGUGAGAAGACAACGUGGCGGACUCCGCCACUAAGAAUGAAAACUACUGUAUAGAGAGGUAGUUACAUAACAUAAAUCCUUUAAUAGCUAAUGCCAGUAGUGGAAUUUAACUAAGUGCAUUUACUCAAUUGCUGUUCUUUGGUACAAAUUUGUCUUGUACUUGUACUUUACUUGAGUACUUCUACUUAAAGGGAAAUAUUUUACUUUCUACUGCACUGUGUUUAUUUGACACUUAAAGUUACUAAUUACUUUUUAAAUAAAACAUUAUAUAUUAUGAUGACCCAGUAGUAUACAAAGUAUUCAAGAUUUGCUCUACAUUGAUGAACUACAACUUAAAAAUACUUUUAUUUGUCAGUGAAAAAAAUAUAAUUUUCUAUAUAUAAUAAUAUGACACUUUGAAAGGAGUCAAUCUGCAUAAUGAUUGUUUCAACACUUUUAGGAGUACACAAGUCAAAUGUUUGGACCACUUCACUAAAACUAUAUAGCUGUCUGACCGCCGUGUGAAGCUGGUCCAUGAACUGAAUAUUUCAAACUGGUUUUGUAGAUUUAUAUAUUUUUUUUCCACCAUCAACAACAAACCCGUGUUGAACCAGUCGUGCAUCGUGUCUUCGUCUCUGCUUCCUGUUUGAUAAAGCUCUCUGUUUGUGUUCACUGAAUAAACCAUCAACGGUUUUCUCACUA